AUUACAGUAGAAAAAACUUUUUAUUUCGGGAUGUUCCUCUCAGAGUAACUUUCGCAAUUAGGCAAACAGGAUAUAUCAACAUCUCUUCAAUGAGUAUAAAGGAACCUUUUAUACAAAUCAACCAUUUGUGGAUUCUCAUAUGAAGCAUUAUCAUGAAUGAAGCUGCGAUGGCUGAUCCAAAUGGCUCCUUUCAAAUUGACUAUAUUUAUGAAGAGUACAGCAAUCCUCCGAACACGACCGACUUUGUUUUGGAUGAGAGCACCCUACUUUGUCCACCCAUCCCUAUAGCUGAUGCAGUCAACAUUUCAUUCUGCGUCAUCUACGUGAUAAUUUUUCUGGUGGCCGUACCUGGGAAUCUGAUUGUGGGAUGUGUGAUCGGAUCAAACAGACGAUCACUUUCUUCUUCGGAUGUCUACUUAUUUAACCUGAUGUUUGCCGACACUCUAUUGGCUCUAAUCUUGCCUUUCUCUGCGGUAUCGGUACUGCACGGCUGGGUGUUUGGGGAUUUCAUAUGCAAACUGGUUUCCCUGGUGAAAGAAAUAAACUUUUACACCAGCAUCUUGUUUUUGGUGUGCAUCAGUGUGGAUCGUUAUAUGGUCAUCGUGCGCGCUAUGGAAUCCCAGAAGGCUCAGCGGCGGCUGUGCAGUGGUGUCGCGUGUGCAGUGGUGUGGUUCUUGGGUGGGGUGCUUUCAUUGCCCUCGCUUUACAAUGAGGCCUAUUUUUCCACAGCUGGCAAAGAGAACGUAUGUGCCGAACGCUUUAAGGUGGACAGUGCUGACGAAUGGCGAAUGGCUACACGUAUCAUGAGGCACCUGCUCGGCUUUAUACUCCCUCUAGUGGUCAUGUUGACGUGCUACAGUGUGACAGUAGCGCGGCUCUUGCGCACGCGGGGUUUCCAGAAGCAGAGGGCCAUGAAGGUGAUAGUCGCUGUGGUCGUGGCUUUUCUCUUAUGCUGGACCCCUUUUCACGUUACCACGAUGGUCGAUACGCUGUUGAGGGCCAAAGCCAUUCAAUUCAGUUGCUCCAUGCGGACCUCUGUGGAUCUUGCCGUGUUUGCUACGCAAAACCUGGGUCUCAUGCACUGCUGUGUAAACCCGGUGCUUUACGCUUUUGUGGGAGAAAAGUUUAGAAAGCGAUUUAUGCAAUUGCUCCAAAGGAAAGGAGUUAUGGAUCGCUUUUCAAUCUCUAGAUCUAGCAGGUCUUCUUCUAUGCAAUCUGAAGGCACUUCAAACUUCCUGUGAGCUGCGAUGAUGUAUAUAAAUUAAGACAAACUGAUAUUACCUGUCCUUGCCUGCUUGUAUUACUACGUUUUGUUGAUGUGAGUGUUUAGGGUUGAGCUCUAAAAACAAAUGUGUCCUUUGGUGUUUGGUGUGUCCUUUUAAAUGCAAAUGAGCACUAAAUGGCAGUGCCGUGGUUGGAUAGUGCAGAUUAAGGCGUGGUAUUAUCCCCUUCUGACAUCACAACUAUUUUUUUCACAUACUUGCAGAGAAUGGUUGAUCUUUUUCACGUUUUUUAAGUUGAUAGAAGCACUGGGGACCCAACUAUAGCACUUAAACAUGGAAAAAGUCUGAUUUUCAUGAUAUGUCCUGUUUAAAGUACUUUUAUUUAAUUCAUUUUUGUUUAAAAAAGACCUUUCAUAACCUUUCUAAAUAAUACUAUUCUAGCUUGAGAGAUACUUUACUGCAAUGUUUUGCUUUAAAUGCAUCUGGGUCUAGACUGUGGUGUAACGGUUUAUGGGCCGGUUUCCCGAACAGGGUUUAGAUUAAUCCAGGACUAGGCCUUAGUUAUAUUAGGACAUUUACAAAAAACAAUACUGGUGUGCAUGCUGAGACAAAACAAUGGCACUGAUAUAUAUAUUAAGAUAUGUCAAUGCAAGUUGUUUUUAAAUUAAGCCAGCUCAGAUAUUAGUCUGGGACUAGGAUAAAACCUGUCCGGGAAACCGCCGCUAAGUUAUAAAUGCAUUGAUAACUUUUUCAAAACGUAUCAUAGGUUGAUGUAUUGUGUGACUUAAGAUAUAAAAUAAAAUGUUAUAAACCAUUUCAGUUUUGUUUUUUUCAUUUAGGUCAUAUUACAUCAACAAGGAUGUAAACUACCAGGAUGUAUACACAUAUUCACAUACAACCUACAUUUCUCAACACAUCUAUGUCUUAUAUGAGAAAAUGUUAAAUAAACAAAAAUAAUGUUAUAUUCAAUGAUAACAGAAGACAUCAACAAAGUGUUAUAUUUAUUUUCAAACGAAC